AUGAGCACGGGAGCCGGCUCCGAAAUGGCGAUUGAUGUUGAUGAGGCUGAUAUGUCAAUUCUGGACGAGAAUCUCGAAUUGACCAAUGAGCUAACGGCGACGUUAUCUGCAAAGCUUCAUAGGGUUUCGACUAGCAGUGCUCUCGCGAUCAAAUCAAUCAACCCGCUGAUGGUCAAAAUCAACCGUCUCAAAGUGCAACAGAAAAACUUUCAGAGCAUAUUCAAGCUGGUCGAGAGCAUAAAGGAUUACGCGCAGGAGAUCAGCAGUUUAGACAAAUCAAUGAGUACCUUUGGUGGACUAAACUCCGUCUCACAAAUAACCAGCUUCUGCAACAUUGUUGAUAAAUAUCAGGAAAUUCAGCGCGAUUUGGAGUCGAAGAACUUAAAUGACUUUGAAGGUUUGCGCAAAGGACUUGACUCGUCUCUUCGAGAUGCCGAUGUAACUCUAAAAUUUGAAUUUAUCAAUAAGCUGAAAACAUUAAGCAAGAGGCUCAAAAACAACGGUAACAAGUAUGGCAAAGAAGAGGACGAUAUCAUUGUACAGCUGAAGCUGAUGUAUGAUUUCAUGAAACGCAGUCGUGCUAAGAAUAUGCUGGACACGUUGAUCAAGGAAAGAGCAGACUAUAAUCUUUCAACUCUUCGUGCUCUCAACUUAGAUUUGCCCGCCCUUGUCAAAGAUCAGACAUACUACUACGAUGGGGACAAAAGCCAAAAAUACUUCAUUAAUUACUCCAAGACGCUUCAAGCGCUUUCAGAAGACUCAAUCUGA